GUAUAAUAUACCAUGGAUGAAGUUUUAAGUAACAAUAAUCUUGUUCGUAAAAGAAACUCGAACUUAGAUUAAAAACAUACAGAAUCCCUUUUAUUUUAAAGUAAGGAAUACUUUCGUCAUCUUUGGAACUUUUUUUGCUCAUCGUAUUUGAAAUCGAAAGGAUUCUGAAAUAAUGGGAUGUGCCGGAUCAGCUUGGAUGAAUUCAGAGAGAAAAAAGACGAAGAGAAUCCGUCUUAUGAGUGCGACAGAGAAAGCUUUCAAUGCCGCAAUUUUAAUACAAAAGUGGUAUCGAAGGUACUUGGCGAGGCAAGAGGUGCGAAGACGAUGUUCGUGGACAAUAUUUCAGUCUCUCGAAUAUGCUGGAGAACAAGAUCAAACGAAGCUAUACAACUUCUUCAAUGACCUCAUCACCCAUUUGUUCGAUGCCAAUCCAUACAUAGCUGCAUCCGUUACGUAUCCAAACCAACAUACUUUUCAAGGUAAAAAUCCUCUGCUUGUGAAGCCAGAUAGUGAAGACGAGGAUUUGUGGGAAAAUACGAAUCCAGAUACUAUACGACUAGAAGAGGGUUACAGAGGUCUCAAAUUAAAACUUCCGAUGAAAGCUGAAACGAUAGUUAAACUCACUGAAUAUUUCAAGUCACGAAGGAAACUUCAUGCUAAAUAUGUACUGAUGAUAAUUCAUGGAGCACGGAAAAUCCUACGAUACAAACCAAAUAUCAAUUUUGCUUCCAGUGUGUAUUCUAGACAAAUUACUGUCUGUGGGGAUCUUCAUGGAAAACUAGAGGAUUUAUUAACCGUUUUUUAUAAAAACGGUUUGCCAUCACGAGACAGUCCUUACAUAUUCAAUGGCGAUUUUGUGGAUCGUGGGUCGCAAUCGAUAGAAGUUCUUGUUUUACUUUUGGCUUGUUUUAUUGUAUGGCCUGAUGCAGUAUUCCUGAAUAGAGGCAAUCACGAGGAUUUCAGCAUGAAUAUUAGGUAUGGCUUUUUAAAAGAAAUCAUGGUUAAAUAUAAGACACAUGCAGCAAAAAUACUACGAGCGACCGAAGAUCUUUAUGCCUGGCUACCAUUGGCAACUAUUAUAGACAACAAAAUUUUUGUUGUUCAUGGAGGAGUGUCUGAUUCUACAAAUUUAAAAGACAUCGCUGCCAUUGAUCGACAUAAAUUCCUUACAGUAUUAAGACCCCCUGUUACUCAAGGACAACUUGUAUAUGAACCUUUGGAAUGGAAACAGAUUGUUGAUCUGCUAUGGAGUGAUCCUCGACCCCAAUCAGGAUGCUGCCAUAACAGCUAUCGCGGUGGAGGAUGCUUCUUUGGACCAGAAGUAACACGUUCCUUUCUUGAGCGCCAUCAUCUUGAUCUGCUCAUCCGAUCACAUCAAUGUAAAUCAGAUGGCUACGAGUACACUCAUGACGAUAAGGUAUUAACAGUAUUUUCAGCUUCCAACUACUAUGAUUUGGGCAGCAACAGAGGAGCUUAUAUUAAACUUAUCGGACCCAAACUAUUACCUCAAGCAGUGAUGUAUGUGAGCAGCAAAAAUGCCCGUCAUGCUUCCCUAAGACAAAGACAAGGUAUCAUGGAACGAUCAGCUCUCAGAGAACUAAAGAGGCAUAUUUCUUCGAAGAGGUUCCAGCUUAUGGCUGAAUUCAACAAGAGGAAUAAAGAUAUGCUCUCUACAAUAUCAAUAACAGACUGGUGUGAAGCCAUGGAAGAAGUGAUUGGCUUGGGCCUCCCAUGGCGUCUAUUGUGUCCGAAGUUAGCUCGUUAUGAUGAAGAAACAAGCCAAGUAGAAUACACUACAACUAUGGAUGAUUAUCAUACGUAUACAGAAGGUUUGAUUGAGGAUGGUCAUACACUACUUGAAGCUUUAUACAGAAACAAAGAUGCAUUGGAAACUGUCUUCAAAAUGAUCGACAAAGAUGGAAACGGUUCUAUUUCAAUGGAUGAAUUUUCUGAUGCUUGUGCUUUUCUUGGAGAUCAGCUUGGUAAGCCUAUUCCAUCUGGUACAAUCCAAGAUCUCGCUCACAGCAUUGACAUGAAUAAAGAUGGCUUUAUCGACCUUAAUGAGUUCCUUGAAGCUUUUCGUUUAGUUAAUGGUAAUCAACCUUUGGAAAAAGAAGAAACCGAAGACCAAGAGACAGAAGAUCUUCCAAGUAGUGAAGAUAACGAAGAAAAGAAAGAAGGAGAACCGGAUCGUAAUACUUUGGAAGAAGACAUUGAUAUCGAUGAUAACUGCAGCCUGAGAAGGUUUUAAAAUUGCCAAAUUUUUCAAUAAUCAUAUUAUUUUAACUAUUAUCAAUUUUUAAUUCGUAAAUGUUAUGAAAUAUAUUUUGAAAUGUAUGUAAAACAAAAGUGACCAAAAAUUUGCCAAAUAAAUUUGUUUCUGUUUAU